UUAAAUCUUUUUCCUUCAGGUAAACUGGUGUUCAGGCCCUUAAUGCAUCAGCCUCGUAUUUAUGCUGGUGCGCCGGCUGGAGUUCAUGUUACAACAGUUCAUGCUUACGAUCCAGAUCGACCUAGAAAGAAGGUGGAAUACAAUCUUCCGAACGCUUUAGAUUACAAAUAUUUUGUAAUCGAUAAUACAUCAGGAAAUCUGACGACUGCUAGACCUAUAGACAAGGCUGUGGGUGAAACAUAUCAAGUUAUGGUGGCAGCUGUUAGUUAUGGUCUGUCAGAGAUCGAGCAUAUACAAAUAGCUGUGACAGAAUUCAAUCAAUUCGCACCGCGGUUUGAAAGGAGGAAUUACACUAUAGAACUGCAUCCAACGGCUUCCUUGAAUUCUCAAGUACUGACAGUUAAGGCUACAGAUCCAGAUCCAGCUCCUCACAAUGCCGAAAUUUACUACAGAAUGGACCAGAAUUCAACUAGCAAGUACUUCAGUUUAGAUUCCUUGACUGGCAAACUGUAUUUGAUCCAAAGUAUCAACGAGACUACUCCAUCAAUUCAUUUCGGAAUUUUCGCAGAAGACGGUGGGUCCCCUAAAAGAUGGGAUUAUGUUCCGGUCAAUGUAGUACUGAAAUCUAUAUCAGCACCACUUAACGUCACAGUAUCGAACAUCACAUUUUCGUCGGCUGUUGUUUGCUGGUCCGCCCCAGAAUACGGACUUGCUUCAGAUUAUGUGCUAAUUCAUAAUCCAAAGGGCAUUACAAACCAGUCUGUCUUCAAUGUGACAAGCAAUCAUGAGACAAGUGUCUGCGAGAUUUUGACAAAUUUAACUGGGGAUACUGACUACGAAUUACAAAUAUAUGCCUGGAAUUCCGAAAAUACUGGCCAGAAGACUGAUAUUUACACUUUCCAUACAGAAGAAAACUGGUGCCACAGAAAUGUCUGCAAUACAGGAAUGUGCAUCCCUCUUUAUCAUGAACCCAGAUACGAAUGUGAAUGCUCAGAAGGUUUCUAUGGAUCGAAGUGCGAGUAUUUCAAUCCGUGUUCACAGAGUCCUUGCCGAAACAGCGGCAAAUGCUUGAAUACUACUCAUAAUGAAUACGUAUGUGUUUGUGCUGAUGAUUACAGUGGCCCCAACUGUGGAUCAUACAAUCCUUGCUUGAGAAAGAAUCCUUGUCAGAAUGGUGGUACGUGUGAAAUGACAACAAAUAACACUUACAUAUGCAUCUGUGCUGAAGGAUAUUAUGGCCGAAAAUGUAAAUAUAGAGAUCUGUGUUUGCCAUCCCCAUGUUUAAACGGGGGAACUUGUGAACAUACGUCUGAUACGACUUUGAAUUGCAUCUGCCCAACAGGAUUUACAGGUUCUUUAUGUGGAGAGGAGGUAGACGAGUGUGCGUCGAAUCCUUGCUCAACAGGAUCCACCUGCACCAGCCACAAAGGAAACUUUACAUGCAUCUGCCCAUCAGGUUUUUCUGGGCAAAAGUGCGACAUAGCAGCUCAGUGUCCUCCAGAUCGUACAGAUACUGAAAAGGGAUUGUUCUACUGGAAUGCUACGAAACACAGUAGCAAGGCAAUAGUGAAAUGUCCCUUCGGAGCACUGGAUUCAACAAUGGAAGAUAAGAUCGCAUAUCGGUUCUGCUUUCUCAACAACGGAUCUGCUGUUUGGGGUCCCGUAAACGCGUCUCAAUGUAAGGGAAAAGGAUUUGUUUUCGCAGAUGAAUUAGCUGAGGAGUUGCACAACUUAACGCAGGAUUCUUCAGCUAUAAAUUUAGAAACUCUAGAAGCUGCCGCACAAGGCAUUGAAACUAUUGCAAAUUAUGCUAAACAAGACAAAAAGAUAGCUCAAGGGAUGGUGCAAAUUAUCAGUAAUGUAAUGGAUGCAGAGGAAUUGAUUGAAAAAGAUGAGGAUGGAACAUUCAGCCAAAACAUGCUAGAUAUUGUGGAUGAUUUUGCCUCAAACGUGGAGCUUAAACCCGGAGAAUCUCUAAGUGUUGCUUCUGAAAACUUACUUAUCCAGUCAGUUGAAUGGCACCCAGAAAUAGCUGAAACGCUUUCAGUAGAGGAGUACGAUGAUCAUUUGCAGUUUGAAGCUCCAGCGGAUAAAGGUAUUCUUGAAAUUGAAGAGAAAGACCAGACUCAAGAUAAUGAAUCAACUUCUGCCAGCAAAACUACAACAGUUCUACCAAGUUCAAAGCCGAAAGUUCCGAUGAUGCAAGUGUUUGUCCCAAAGGAAGCUCUUCAAGAAGCUCAUCGUCAGCUGGAACGUAGUGUUCGAGUUAAAUUUGUAGUGUAUUACAACGACAACCUUUUUCAGUCUAAACUAUCUAGUCGAACUGAGACAUCAUCAAAAUCUAAAACUGAAGUACCUGAAAGUCGAGGUUCUAAAGAUGGAACAUCUACUAGUGAUAAUUAUGAGCUCAAAAUCAGAGCUCCAGUACUUCAAAUUAGUGUCGGAAAUGUAUCUUUGAAGAAUCUUGGCAAACCUCUAAUUUACAUCCUCCCUAUUGUUACAAAAAGGACACCUUCUUGUGUCUAUUGGAAUGAAAGAGAGCGUUUAUGGUCCGCUGAUGGCUUGAAGACUAACCAUACUACGGACAAAGUUAUUUGCGAAUCAUCACAUAUGACAGCAUUUUCAGUACUUCUGGACCUGACACCUCAGGCAGACAAAGAUGAAAUGCAUGAAGUAAUUUUAUCAAUUAUAUCAUAUGCUGGGAGUGUGCUAUCAAUCAUUGGACUCAGCUUAACCAUUAUUACAUACCUUUUGUUUGGGUGCUUGAACAGAGACCACCCGGGAAAGAUUUUGUUGAACUUGUGUUUCUCUUUGCUUAUGAUGAAUGCGAUAUUUUUGACUGGAGCAGCUGAGCCUGCAAAUGGCGGAAAUGCGUGUGCUGCUGUGGGUUUGUUUCUUCAUUACUUCGUCCUGACUUCUCUUACGUGGAUGUGCGUUGAAGCUAUAAAUAUGUACCAACUUCUGGUUCAUGUUUUCGCCUCAUCAGAGACACAUUUCCUUCUUAAAAGAUGCUUCUUUGCUUGGGGUGGACCACUCAUAAUAGUAGCUUUAACAGCUUCUUUUGGUCUUGAUUCAUACUAUGAUGAUUUAGAAUUUUGUAUGCUGUCUCCUCGAAACCCAUGGAUUUAUUAUUGUGCAUUUCUGGCCCCCUCUUGUAUUCUACUGGCAGUCAAUUUUACAGUUUUCAUACUCGUCUCGCGGGUUAUAUUUACACCACGGUUAACUACAAAGACAUCAAAUAAUCAUCAAGUGGUUACAGCAGCCCAAGUUCGUGGAGCUUUCACAGUCAUGGUUCUUCUUGGAGUGACUUGGGUAUUUGGAACGAUGGCAUUUGGUCAUGUAAAAAUAAUUUUCCAGUACUUCUUUUGCAUUUCCAACUCUCUGCAAGGUUUUCUAAUAUUUUUGGUGAGGUGCCUUUUGUACCCAGAAGCAAGAAACGCCUGGUUUUACCUGCUGAAAACAGGAAAGUUAAAGAAGCACCGUGGAAUCAUGCCACCGGGAACUGUGAGUUUCUCUACAAACUCACAAGGAGGAAAAAAUCCUGUUUCCACUAUUAACACUGCAGCAAGGAAUGACAGCAAUGAAGAUUAUGGGUCGGUAGCAUUCAAUAGCAGCCUCUUUAACAGGAAAGAACGUAAACAGGAAAAUCACAAAAGCUCUCGGGAUACCAGUAGUCUCAGACGGCACAAAAAUUAUGAAGCAAGCUAUCAGAACGACAGAAAUGCUCGCAUUCAAGGCUGGAAGAAACAAGAAAGUAAGCUGCAUAGGAAUUCUAAGAAGAAUGCCAAAAAUAAUAAUCAGAUGUGGAAUCAACAGGAUGGAGAAAUAUGUGUAAAGGGACAAUGUGAGAGCCCUGGAAUUUGGUCAGUUCAUGGUAAGGAAAUUUUCAGAAAUGGGCAAAUUGGAUCACAUAUAAAUGUGAGACCCCCACAUUUCGAUAAACAAUUAUUUAAAGCUCCCUUUCAGAAUGAACAAUUUGGCAGCAAUGUGAGAAAUUUAUGUAAUGCUAAAAUUUCAAGAUUUUCACCAGAUAACGGUGAUAAAUUGGAACAUUUAGAUUUACCUGAAAAAGAGUCCAUGGACAAAUCAGAUUUCUGCAAAGACAGAAGAAGUUUAUCUCUUGAUGUCCCUUGUGGACUGAAUGGCAGUCGAAACACAGUUUCCAUAAAUUCAACUUAUCCUACAAUAGAAGGAUUUAAAUAUUUCCUCUCAAAUAUGCAAAUACAUUCUCCAGAUGGAAUAGGCAAAGAUAAAAGGAGUUUAUCUCUGGAUACGGGAACUCCGAAGUCAAUACCUCGAACUGAAGUUGGACGAGAAAUGCAAAACAAUAUUAAGAAAGAAAAAUUUGGUAUUGACAUAGGUUUCAAUCAUCGCAAUUCUAUCGUUCUGGAGCAAGAAGAGGAUGCCCAUUCUGAUGAAAAUUCUGCUUCAACUGAUGUAGAAGACAGCCCUCCUGCAUCACUAACCAAGUCAUCACAUAGCAGCCAUGCAAGCUUUGGUCUUCAAAGCGAAAACAGAGCAGGCCCUAAGAGCUGUAGAAAAAACAGUCAAUGUUUUAGGCAAGACCUGGAGGAAGGAUCAAGCUUACAACAUACCUCUUCAACAUCACCAAAAAAAAGCUAUGUAGAUAUUGUGAAGUAGGUGGCCCUUUUACUAGCAAUGACUUUGAAGCAUGGGAACAAUGCCAUAUUCUUGAAACACAACUAUUGCUCAAAGUUUAAAAAAAUUUGUUUCCGAUAUUCAUAAAGAUCUAAGAAAGAACAGACAUAAAAUGUGUGAUUGCUGUUGUGUUUUUAGAACUGCAGUGUUAAACUGAACAAGAGAUACUUUAUCAAUGAACAUUGCAUCAAGCUCAUAAAAAAAUUUUCCAUCAGUUUUUCAUGGAGCAGACAGGAUAACAGAGUGCAAUGCAGAAGAUUAAUAUCCAACCAACCAAAAUAACUAACAUUGAUCUAUAUUUUGCCGUGAAAUGACAUCUUAUAAAAGUAAAAUGAACUUAGAAAUCCAAGCUUCAAAUAAAAUUACUGUGCUUAUUUUAAAUAAAACUUUUAAAGUCAUAAGUAAAAUUCAAAAAGAGCAUUUGUUUUGAAACAAAGAGUUCUCAUACUGUACACAUUAGUUGUAUCUAAUAAAAUGGAAAUGCCUGAUCAAAUGAAA